GCACCUUUUCUCUGGGUAAUUUGAAGUUGGCGCGCUCAGGGGCUUUACUGCGGUUCGCGGGCGUUCAUGCGGUGUAACUAUUGAAAUCGAUGUAGCUGUUGAACUGCUCCGGGCUAACCGGGUCUAACCAACGGAGAUAGGAUAGUUUAUUGCUGACUGGAUGCAUCCGGGAGUAAUGCGGCUCACAGCCGCAAUAUGGGUCCGGGACCGUGAUGAAGCACAUUUUCUUGUCACGUCAAUGUUAUGUCGUCGGAGGGGUGUUGGGCGGAUGGCUUGCGGCAGCCCCGCAGCUGCUCGGCACGGGACGGGGAGCUGGGGGCAGGCUGUGCACAAGCUGGUAGCUGCUGCCAUUGUCCGCACUUCACCCGCGACACUUUCAUCCAGCCACACCACUUGCAUCAAUUCAGGGCAUGACACAGCUGCGAAUCCAGGUGUGAUCGAUAUGAAGCAACGACGUGCCUUACCACUGUCCCAUCGCACGCCCACGGUCAGGGUCGCCGCCCUCCGCGGCCGACGCCGCGCCCCGGCCGCCACAUGCGGCGUCGACCCUGGGGACCCGCGCCGAAUGGCGCACCCCACCACAGCCUACCCAGCCGCCGCCGCCCACCCCGACACAGCCGCCACUGGCCCAGCCGCGCCGCCCACCCACCCAGCCCCCGGCCCCUACCCCGCCCACGCCCCCAUCCCCGCCGCCCCCAUCCUACCCGCCCCCAUCCCCGCCGCCGCCGCCCCCGCCGCCCCCAUCCCCGCCGCCGCCGCUGCAGCCCCCGCCGCCCUCAUCCCCGCCGCCGCUCCCGCCGCCCCCGUCGCGCCCGCUGCUGGCCCCGGGCCGCCCCCAGCCCCCGCCCAGCACCAGUACUACGCCACCGCCACCGUCGACCAGAUGCACGCCGCCCUCACACAGCAGAACACGACCCUGGCCCAAGCAGGCAUCUCCCAGCUGCAGUAUGACGUCACCAAGGACGCCGCAUACUAUGCCAUCACCAUGAAAAUGCACAAGACGCCGCCCGGUCUGCGCUUCUUGGCGUGCUCCCACGCCUGCCCAGUCACCGCCAUCAGCGACGUCGUCACCGCCAGCCUUCGCACGCUCGCCGACGCCUUCCGCGACAUGUGGCGUGACCGCAUCGGCACGGAUCCCUGGUUCUGCCUCCACUCUGGCGCGGUCAUGGACUCCGUCUAUGCCUUUAAUGCGCAACAGCUACCACGCUCUAGCGUCACCGCGCCCCAGGCAUUCGACUUUGCUCGGCUCUACACCAACAUCCCCCAUGCGGAGCUUGCCGACACCAUGGCGUCUCUCAUCACCGCCACGCUCGCACAUGCCCAGCGAGUGGCCAUCGCAGUGACCGUCACGCCGCCCAAGACGCCCGACGGCCGCCGCAAGUACGAAGCCACACUGCUGACAUCCGACGCCGCCCACAAUGCGCCUGCCUACCGGCGCGACCCCAUGACCGACGUCGCCGUCCACACCUUCACGCGCGACCAGUUCCUGGUCCUGUUCCGGAGCCUGGUCUGCUCCACGUUCAUCCGGUUCGGCACGUUCGCCCUCGUCCGGCAAACGUGCGGCAUCCCCAUGGGCAUCUCCGCUGCCCCCUUCAUUGCCAACCUCUUCCUCGCAUGGUUUGAGUACCGUUUCUUGACACAGCCCGCCGCCACAGCUCAGCGCCAGCGUGUCCUGCACGCCUUCGACCUCACCAAGCGGUACCUGGACGACUUGUUGGCCCUCAACAACCCCUUCAUCACCCGCCUCCUCAGCGUGGACCAGCGAUACGCCGGCCUGCACGGGCUGUACCCCGCCUCACUGCAGGUGGAGGCGCAGUCGCACCCCCACUUGCAAGCGCAGCUGGCCGCCGACACCGCCGCCAUGCCGUUCCUGGACAUCUUGCUCAUCCUGCGCACCACGCCAGCCGGCCACGCGCGCAUCACCACGCGCCUGUAUGACAAGCGGGUGCAGCCGGUGUUUGACGGUGUGCGCCUGUCCCGCUUCAUUGGCACGGACAGCAACGUCAAUGAAGCCAGCAAGCGCAACAUCUUCACCGGCCAGUUUCAUCGCCUGCGGCGUGUCGUCACGGAGGUUGAGAACUUCGCCUUUGAGACCGCCAACCUCAUCACCGCCCUGACGCGCAUGGGCUACCGGCGGCCCCGCCUCCUGGGCGAUCUUCAGCGCAUGCUGCAGCGCACGCCUGAAGCCUACUACGUGCAACGACGCCAGCGGCACCGCCCCGAAUAUGCCGACUUGGUGGGCCUCACCCGCCAGUACCUCGCCGGCCGCCGCCACUUCGACAGCACUGCCAGCCCCGUGGAACUGACGCAGUCGCAUUAUUGGUGAUUAUUUGGUUUACUCCUGGUUUUAUGUCUAAUUGGUUUUUU